AGCGUCGGCGGCAACGGGAAGUGGAUUAACGAAGAGAAGGUGAAUUCCAGUGGCGUCAUUUGUAGAAGAUGUUCAGUCCUAUCUCAAUCAAUUUGGUCUCGACGUCAACUUUGCUCUUGCCUUUCUCAAAGAAAGCAAACGUACCGUCAUCUUCAACUCAACCACAAUUCUAGCCAGUCUUCGUCACAUCGGAUCUUUAGGACUUCAGCAGUAUAGGGUGGUUGAAAUGAAACUUCUGGCUCAGCAAAGGGAUCUUCAGGCAAAGAUUCCUGAUAUAGAUAAAUGCUUGGACAUAGUUGCUACCUUGCAAGCUAAGAAGGGCAGUGGUGAGGUGAAGUGCACAAGGACCAUUAAAUUCUACACAGUUCCAUGCUCCACUAAAGUCAAACCAUGGAAGAAUGUUCUCUACUGUGUUCUUAAAAGUGAAAAGUGCAAUAAAGCGACAAGGUUGACGGAGCUUGAGCAAAAAGAAAGAAUUAAAAGUUCAUGCUUCUUUGAGUGGGUUCAAACUUUGCUGUACACAGAAGCCUGGUAUUUGAGUGGGGAGUAUAGCGAGGCCCAUUAUCCACUGAAUUCGAACCAUGCGCCCAUAAGCCCUUGAGAAUUUUUCGGUUUUUCAAAAAGAAAAAAAAAACAAGCUGCUUUAAAAUGAAGCAUCUAACUUGUUGAAAAUACAAAAUAAUACUCCCUCUGUCCCUGUUUGUGUGGUACCGUUUGACUUGACACAAAGUUAAAGAAAAAAACGAGGACUUCUUAAACUUGUGGUCUAAAACAAAUCUUGGAGAUUUUUAUGGUUAUAAAUCAUUUUAUUAAUGGUAAAACCAAAUCUUGGAUAUUUGUUUUCAAUUAUGGAAAGAUGACAUUCUUUUAGGGGAAAGACUAAAAAGGAAAAGGUGCCACAUAAAUUGGGACAAAGGGAGUAUCAAUAACAAAUUGCUCUUGUUGGGAUGACUUUACAAGUUAUUGUUUUGAAGCUUCAUUGCUUCACACAUGAAGUGAUAGCCUGUCAGUACACAUCACUUAAUCGCUUUAAGAGCUGAACUGGUGGCUUUUAAUUACAUUGUUCACCUUUGCCUUUUGGGAACUGCCUCACUACUAUAUCAACUCAUCUAUACUUAUUCA